AUGGAGCUGCCACGGGUGCUGCUGGCACUGGCGGGGAUGGGCACAGCCACGGGGCUGGCCUUGCUGCCCUACGUGCCCCGCUUGCCCCCCGCGGCACUGCUGGGGAAGGUCACGGCCACCACCUUCGCGCUGGAGAGUCCCCAGUGCGUCUUCGACCGGCACGCCAGCGCCUCCGACACCGUCUGGGUGGUGGUCGCCUUCGCCAACGUCUCAGCCGCUUUCAGAAACCCCCUGUCCCGGGCUGAGGUGCCCCCCUAUGAGCAUCUCCCCACCGCCCGCUCCUACAUGACGCUGGAGACGGCGGCGGCCGCGUACGCCUGCUCGGCACCGAACCUGGAGGUGCUGCGGGUGGGGGGUGACACGGCGUGUAGGGGUCAGGACCCCUGCAAUGGACCCCUGCCCUCCCCAGGGCCCUACAGGGUGAAGUUCCUGGUGAUGGGCUGCCGUGGCCCCAAAGCAGAGACGAGGUGGUCAGACCCCAUCCUCUUACGGAGAGCCAGCAGCCUGAGUGCCAUCAACACCGUGUGCCAUGGCAGUGACGUGGUUGUCAUCACCUCCAUCCUUGUCAGCUUGGGGACCGUGCUGGCUGCUGCCGUGCUCAGCACCCUGGGUGCCAAGGCGUGGGGGUCCCUGUGCCACCGGGAUUCGGGGAGCUUCACCCGCAGGUCCUACAGGACCCACCACAUCCCCCCGGUUCUGCCCCAGGCUCUGCCCCCCGGCUGCGGGCACAGCCCCCCAGGGCUGGGUUUCUUUGCCCCCCAGACCUCCAGCUCCAUGUCCUGCUGA